ACACCUCUGGAGAGUCAGGUUGCCCCCUCUGGGUCUUUGCGCCCGAAGCCUGCCUGAGUGCCCACUAAGACCGCCGCCAUUUCUGCCUCUUAUUUCGCGCCUUCUUUUUUAGGCUUGGAGGAGGCGGAGUUGUAAUGCCUGCGCCACUGUUGCCGAGGCGACGACUUGGUUACUUCCGUUGGUUUCAAUGCUUCCGGGUUGGCAUUGCGGUGGCGUUUCCGACUGUGGGAGCCUCGGCUUCCCAGUCGUCCGAUGAGCCCGAGCAGCACCAGAAAAGUGCCACUGUAAGCCAUGAGAUGUCUGGUCUGAAUUGGAAACCCUUUGUAUAUGGCGGCCUUGCCUCUAUUGUUGCUGAGUUUGGAACUUUCCCUGUGGACCUAACCAAAACGCGACUUCAGGUUCAAGGCCAAAGCAUUGAUGUCCGCUUCAAAGAGAUAAAAUACCGAGGAAUGUUUCAUGCCUUGUUCCGAAUCUAUAAAGAAGAAGGUGUAUUGGCUCUAUAUUCAGGAAUCGCUCCUGCCUUACUAAGACAGGCAUCAUAUGGCACCAUUAAAAUUGGCAUUUACCAAAGCUUGAAGAGAUUAUUUGUAGAACGUUUAGAAGAUGAAACUCUUCUAAUUAAUAUGAUCUGUGGGGUAGUGUCAGGAGUAAUAUCUUCCACUAUAGCCAAUCCCACCGAUGUACUAAAGAUUCGAAUGCAGGCUCAAGGAAGCCUGUUCCAAGGCAGCAUGAUUGGCAGCUUCAUCGAUAUAUAUCAACAAGAAGGUACCAGGGGUCUGUGGAGGGGUGUCGUCCCAACUGCUCAGCGGGCUGCUAUCGUUGUGGGAGUAGAGCUGCCAGUCUAUGAUAUUACGAAGAAGCACCUAAUAUUGUCAGGGGUGAUGGGAGACACAAUUUUAACCCAUUUUGUUUCCAGCUUUACGUGCGGCUUGGCUGGGGCUCUCGCUUCCAAUCCAGUUGACGUGGUUCGAACUCGCAUGAUGAACCAGAGGGCAAUUGUGGGACAUGUGGACCUCUAUAAGGGCACUUUGGAUGGUAUUUUAAAGAUGUGGAAACAUGAGGGCUUUUUUGCACUCUAUAAAGGAUUUUGGCCAAACUGGCUUCGACUUGGACCCUGGAACAUCAUUGUAUCCUUUUAGAACACGAGAAUGAAAGCAAAUGCUUCAAGCUCCCAGAUGCUGCGCGUAUAAAAAUGAGUAAGACAUAGUCACUGUUUUCAAGUUCACGUUAUAGUAGGAGGAACAGACAUGUAAGUAGAUAAUUAUAGUGGGUACUUAGUACUAUGUGAAAGAUGAACAAAGUACUGUAGAAGCAUAGAGGAGGGAACAGCCAGUUACCUGGGGGAUUGGCCAAAGGCUUCAUAACGGAGGUGAUAUUUGUGCUAAAGAGCAGAUGUUAUCCUGUGGAUAAGGCAGGGAAAAAUGUUCCAGACAGGGGAGUGUGGGGGAAAGUUUAGUGUGGCUGAAAUGCAGGGCAGUGGUUUUCAAAUACCACUUGAGGCAGAAUUGCCUGGAGAUCUUGUGAAAAUGGAGAUUCUUGUAUCCCAUCACCUGAGAUCCUAACCUUAUUUGGGGCAAAGGCAUUUGCUUUGUCACAGGCAAUUGGCGCAGGUGGUCCCUAGACCUGUAGGAUACAAAAUUUCUAUAUUUCUUAAGAAAGAGUUUGACUUUUAUCCUGGGGGGAGGGGGCAGGCAAAGGAAGUUUAAAAUAGGGGAAUAAUGUAACCAGCUUAUUUUUGGGGAAUAUAACCCUAGUGUGGAGGGUAGCCUGGAGGGGAGCAACCCAAAAAAGGUUAAGACCCACUGAAAUCUACUCCCCUUUAUGUACAGGUAGGCAAAAUAGGGUCCAGAAAAACUAAGAAAAUUUGUUGUGUCACAUAGCCAGAUUGUGGCAUAUUUGAGACUAGCACAUAGUUAUUGGAUUUCUUCCCUGUCUCAGUCUGCCACCCCACAGUACCUUCUUAAGUAUCAGUCUAAAGUACUACGUUUUAAA